AAUGUCUAAAAUACUGAUAUAAGAUUAUGAAGAAGUUCUCAAAAGAUAUCCUAAUGACAUUAAAUCUAUGAUUGCUUUAGGUUGUCUAAAAUUUUUAUUUAGGUUAAAAAUUUUUGCAAUAAUAAAAAAGGAAUUAGGCACUUUAUUGGUUUGACUCAGCAAUAAGUCUAGAUCCAAAUAUGGAUGAUUCAUUAGGUGGAAAAGGUAACUUUUUAAAGAAUAUUGAAGGUGACUCUUUAUAGAUAUUUGAUAAAUAUUAAAAAGCAAUUUAAUGGUAUGAUCGAGCAUUGAAUAUUUCAUCAAAUCAUGUUCCAAGCUUAGUUGGAAAGGGUAACUAAUUUAUUUAAUCAAAAUAAUAGCCAAAGCAUUAUAUCAAUUAGAAUUAGAUGAUUUUAAUAAAUUAGCUAAACGUAUUUCUAUCUUCAAUUUGUUAUCUAGCUAAAAUCUUAAAUAAAUAGAAAACAGAAUCCAGUCUUUAUGAAAGAGGUAUUAAGAAUCAAUAUUUUCCAUACUUUAGAUUCAAUUGAAAAGCAAAAAUAGAAUAGCGUUUCAUAGAAAAAGGUAAUAGAUAAUGCUUAUUUAUCUUUUUUAGAAGAUCACAUAAAAGAAAAGUUAGAAAUUCGUCUUAAAGAAAAGGGUACAUAUUUAUUAACUAUAUAAUUUAGAGAAGAUUAAUCUGAAUAAAGAAUUAGAAAUUAUAUUAAAUGAUAAAGGUAUUAAUAAAAAAUAAUCCUAAGCCAAGGCUUUGCAUCAAUAUAAAAUUGAAGCAUUACUUCAAGGAAAACGUAUUAUUAUUAAAAGAAUUUAGCUAAACCUAAACAUUAAAUUGAGUUAGAAUUAGAAAUCGAAUUAGAACUAGAAUCCUAAAAGUACUUUGACUAAGCAUUAUAACAAAACCAAAUUAAAUUUAAGCCCUUAAAGGAAAAGGUGAAUAUUGUAAUUAAUACUAGGGCUUUGUAUUAAUACUUUUUAAAAGUAAAAUGAUGCUGAAAUUAUUAUAAAUAAGGCCUUGA